AUGGUUGUCCGCUCCUUUCUCCCCCUACUGUCCCUCCUGAUCGCGUUGGCGACCUUCACCUCCGCCGCAUCGGACUACCAUGAAGCUCUCGUUCUCCAGCCGCUUCCUCAAUCCUCCCUGCUAGCGUCGUUUAACUUCCGAGGCAACACAUCGCAAGAGGCCUUUGAUCAACGGCAUUUUCGCUACUUCCCUCGUGCUCUAGGCCAAAUCCUACAACACACCCACACAAAGGAGCUACAUAUUCGGUUCACAACAGGGAGAUGGGAUGCUGAAAGCUGGGGUACACGUCCCUGGAACGGGACGAAGGAGGGCAAUACAGGUGUAGAGCUAUGGGCAUGGAUUGAUGCGCCGGACAGCGAAAGCGCAUUUGCACGAUGGAUAUCCUUGACCCAGUCAUUGUCCGGUCUGUUCUGCGCAUCGCUGAAUUUCAUUGAUUCCACUCGAACGACUCGACCGGUCGUAUCAUUUGAGCCUAUCGGGAAUCACCUCGCCUCUGGUGACCUGCAUCUGCUGCAUGGAACGCUUCCGGGAGAAGUUGUCUGCACGGAGAACCUGACCCCCUUUCUGAAAUUACUUCCUUGCAAGGGCAAGGCCGGCGUCUCUAGUCUUCUGGAUGGGCACAAAUUAUUUGAUGCGUCCUGGCAGAGCAUGUCUGUUGACGUGCGUCCUGUUUGCCCUCAAGGGGGGGAGUGUCUCAUGCAAAUCGAGCAAACAGUAGACAUUGUGUUAGACAUUGAGCGUUCCAAACGGCCUCGAGACAACCCAAUUCCACGUCCUGUUCCUAAUGAUCAGCUGAACUGUGACAAUUCAAAGCCUUAUCAUUCAGAUGAUACCUGUUAUCCUCUGGAAAGAGGGUCGGGCAAAGGCUGGAGCUUAAACGAGAUCUUUGGUCGUACUUUAAGUGGCAUCUGUGCCCUUGACGAAGAUCAACGUCCUGGUGAAGAAGCAAUCUGUUUGCGGGUGCCGCAUGAGCAAGGGGUAUAUACCACAUCUGGAGUGGAAGAGACAAAAAGGCCCGACGGAUACACCCGUUGUUUUACCUUGCAACCAUCCGGCACAUUUGACUUGGUGAUCCCCGAGCAAUCUCACACGGGCUUGGCCCCUCGGGAUGAACCGGUUUUGAGUGCGGAACGCACGAUUGUUGGCCAUGGCCAAGAACGAGGCGGCAUGCGUAUUAUUUUCGAUAACCCAUCGGAUGCGCAUCCGGUCGACUUCAUCUAUUUUGAAACUCUUCCCUGGUUCUUGCGGCCCUAUGUCCACACGUUACGCGCGACGAUCACAGGGCGCGACGGAACCACUGGAUCGGUUCCCGUCUCGCACAUUGUGAAAGAGACAUUUUACAGACCGGCCAUCGAUAGAGAAAGAGGCACACAGUUGGAGCUUGCACUCUCCGUGCCUGCUGCAUCCAUCGUCACUCUCACCUAUGACUUUGAGAAGGCAAUCUUGCGCUACACUGAGUAUCCGCCGGACGCCAACCGUGGCUUCAAUGUCGCUCCUGCGGUGAUCAAACUAUCUAGCGCGAACGGCAACAUCAUCGCUCACGAUACUCCGAUCUACAUGCGCACCACCAGCCUCCUCCUCCCGCUACCAACUCCCGACUUCAGCAUGCCGUACAACGUAAUCAUCUUGACCAGUACCGUGAUUGCGCUUGCGUUCGGAAGCAUCUUCAAUCUCCUGGUCCGCCGUUUUGUCGCGGCUGAUCAGGCUGCUGCGCUUACCGCCCAAACCUUGAAAGGCAGGCUGUUAGGGAAGAUUGUGGCUCUACGCGAUCGUAUCGGCGGAAAGAGGUCGAAGGUAGAAUAG